CAGGUUGGAAAAAAUCGGAGCUGUCCCCAGGACUGUCGCCCUGGAAGGCAGAUCCCAGGAGUUCAGAGGCUUGGGGAAGGGGAAGGAACCCUCUGAAACCUGACACCUCUCGCCAAGGAAACUUCGCAGGCUGAAAAUGCCGUCUGUUCUACUGAUGCACAGGCCACAGGUCCCUAGAGUACUUCGGCUGUCCAUAAUUUAACUGUAACCUCCUGGACGUGAAUGUAGUUGUAAGAAGCCAUAUUUCAAGGUCAGUUAAUGAGAACCACCCUCAGGCUAUCAUUCAGAUAAUGAAGAGCUUGCUAUGAGAGUCCCAGACCUCAAAUGCUCUUAGUGGAACCCAACACAAACCAAUCAAGUAGAGAUAAAUGAGAAAAUAUUUAACAUCUGUCCAUUUUAUGCUUCAUAGUUUUAUUUUAUUGAAACCAUCCGCAGUGGAUGCAAAGUAGUAUCACUGAUAUUUUAUUUGUCUACUAUUUUAAGCUUUCUGAGGUACUUUAAGAAUGUGAAGUUGGUUUUCAUGAAUUUAAUAUGUUCAGGUCACAAGUUCAUAGCUUGUCAUGACAUUCUUCAGAUUGUUACUUGGAGAACUAGCAAAGAACACCGAAGUUUGCAUGGGUUAGUGUGUCUGUGUAGUAGCCAUGCACACAUGUCUGUAGCAUUUGUUAAGCUCCCCCAGAGGAAUCAGAGUGUAUCCAUACAAAACAUCAUGCAAAGCAAGAGGUGCCAGUAAGUGUUAGAAAGUCCAGUUCUUUGAGCUCUGACCUAUUCAACUGACAAGUUUUAUAUGCUCUUUGCCAGCACAAAUCUCACUUUCAAAAAUUAUAGUCCUUCUGUACUUUCUCUUUUCCCAGGUUAUUUGAAACUGCUCCCCUGAAGAUAUAAAUAUUCUAUCUUGAGGAAGUUUUUAUACUCUUGUGCAACUUAAAAUAGAAAAACGAACUCAGGAAGCCAGACUUGGAAAGUAUCAAGGUUAUUAUUUAAUCUAAAUCCUCACUUUUCAGAUGAGGAAGGGAGGAGAACCAAGUUCUGAAUUUGGAGAGGCACCACUUCCGCCAACUGCUCAAAGAUAAAUUUCAUUAAUCAUGACAUUUGCAUGACUCUGAGAAGCUUCAGUAGAUUUAUACACUAGCACGUAUGUAUCGAGCUCCUCCUAUAUGCCAGCCACUAUACUGGGCUCUAUGGAUCUAGCAGUGGACAAGGAAAUUAAAUUCCUGAGAUAAUGGAAUUUAUUUUGAUCAAGAAAGAAAUAUAGCUGGGUAAAAAAAAGAGAGAGAGAGAAAGUAUGGGCAACAUCAUUUGAGAUAUUCUGACUAUGAAAAUCAUGUUCCCAGAGAAAAUUCCCUUCCCCUUAGAAUGAAAAUAUUUCUACUUUCUCCCUGUCUAACCCACUUUCCAUUUCAAAUCAUAAUGAGCAUCAGUCUUGAGGCUUCCUCUAUUAGAAACUGUCAUCCCAUAAAUUAUGUAACUUCCCUGCAUGUGAUUUCUUAUCUGUAAACGAAGGGCUAGACCACAUGAUUACUCAGAUUUCCUUCUACCUUUCAGAUUCUUCAUUAAACAGAGCCUCAUGGGUGUUUUGAAUUCUUUUCCUUACUUUUCCCAGCCUCUUAUCUUCCCACACAAGGCUCUGAGGAUGCUGCUGCAGUUUCUGUAUCUUUCUGUGUCUAAAAGACCUUCUGGCUCUUGUGGUAUAGUUUGUGAUGCAGUGAUAAUGGCAGAGUCAGACACGUUUCCUGAAACACAGCAAUCUUCUGGCUUUUUCUUCCCUUUUAGAUUCAUAGAACCAAGAACUAACAAUCCCAUCAAUCCUUGUGCGGGAAUAAACAAUACUGCUAAACCUGUCAGCUUUUUGAUCCUUUCCAGAUCAUUUUUUUUUUUAGCUCAGUUCCUGGAAAAAGAAACCUUACCAAGGCUUUUAUUUUUCUUUGUGUGUUGUAUUUGCCGUGCCAAGGAUAGACUAUUGAGGUCAUAUGAUUUUAGGACUCAGAAAAUCCCAUAGUAAUAAAAGAGGAACCAAACUAAGCACAAAAGAAUUUUUUUUUAAUUACAAACUAAAUGCUAGAGAAUUAUGUAUAUAAUGAGUUAUAAAAUUCAUUUUUAAAAGCAACUUGGAGGCAAACUAUCUCAUACCCAGCUUAAUAUGCCAAUUUCUUUAAAUAGUCUAUUGAAGACACUAAAUAAAUGGUUUCCACAGUGCCAAGCUUUCCAUUCAUUUCAGGUGGAAUUUAUGUUCAAUGCCACAAAAUCUCCACCAUCUUUCGCUUAAAGAAAAUAGCCUGUGUGGGCUGCAGUAGAGCUGAUGCAUGUUAGCCAGUGUUUUUGACUCUGGAUUAGAGCCUGAUUGGGAGGCAACCCCAGGCGGUUUACAAACUGCUGAUUGGCUACAGGUCAGGAAUAUAUGGUAGGGCAUGUAGUUGGCAAGUAGUGAUAGUAUCAUUCUCUAAGUGGCAAUUAAUCUCUCAUGCGAUUGUCCUGAAUCUCCUCUCGUACCUAAUUCUUCCUUGUGCUAUGAGGCUAAAUGCAAGUUCAUCUUCCUCUACAAAAUCUUCUCUGACCAUUGCAGUCCAUCAAGAUUAUCGUUUUGUUGGAACAAAAAGCACAACUAUUUGACUCAUUUAUCAGCUGAUUGUGUUCCAUCUUGUAAAAUUAUGUUGUAUUUACUUUGUUGCAUCCUUCUUCACGCGUGCCUUGUCAGAAACUAGAUUUUGGAUUACAUUUUUGGAAUUUUCAUCUUUGGGCCUGACACUGUAUGUUAAAGGUAUUUAACUAGAUUUGCUCAAGACUUAGCCUUUUGUGAUGCUGUCACCAAAAAUAUUGCAAAAAGCAUAGUUAACUUUAAGCAAAAUUUUAAAAUGUGCUGAUGUAUCUUCUUGAUCUGUUCUUUUCAUUUUUCCAGGAAACCACAGUAUCCUCCAACUUUAGGCGGCUAGUAGCUUCUUCCCUCUGAUUAUCAGAGUUUGUGUCCAGGGAAGAAUUUCGCAUUAAUUACUUAACUAUCUUAGAAUAUUUAGAUUUAAUCUGUUUCUUUCCAAGAGAAUUAAAUCUUAUCUGAUUCUACCAGGGAAAUGACAGACUUUAUCACCCUCCAGAGGAGUUUUACAUGAGCAAGUUUGGAAGGGAAAGAGAGACUAAGGUAGAGUGAUGGUGGGGAUGGUAGACCUUAAAUGGGGGGGGGGGGGAACAUUCAACUUUGGCAGCAAUCUCCUCUAGCAACCCAUUUGGUUCGAAGACUAGGAGCGGCAACAUCUUCAACCCAGAAGUCCCGGCCCAUCAAAACCAUCACUAUGACCGAUGGGGACUAUGAUUAUCUGAUCAAACUCCUGGCCCUUGGAGAUUCAGGCGUGGGGAAGACGACAUUUCUUUAUCGAUACACAGACAAUAAAUUCAAUCCCAAGUUCAUCACAACAGUAGGGAUAGAUUUUCGGGAAAAACGUGUGGUUUAUAACACACAGGGACCAAAUGGGUCAACAGGGAAAGCAUUUAAGGUGCAUCUUCAGCUUUGGGACACCGCAGGACAAGAGCGAUUCCGGAGUCUCACCACUGCGUUUUUCAGAGACGCCAUGGGUUUCUUAUUAAUGUUUGACCUCACCAGUCAACAGAGCUUCUUAAAUGUCAGAAACUGGAUGAGCCAACUGCAAGCAAAUGCUUAUUGUGAAAAUCCAGAUAUAGUAUUAAUUGGCAACAAGGCAGACCUGCCAGACCAGAGGGAAGUCAACGAACGGCAAGCUCGGGAACUGGCUGACAAAUACAGCAUACCAUAUUUUGAAACAAGUGCAGCCACUGGCCAGAACGUGGAAAAAGCUGUGGAAACCCUUUUGGACUUAAUAAUGAAACGAAUGGAACAGUGUGUAGAGAAGACCCAAGUCCCCGACACUGUCAAUGGCGGCAGCUCUGGGAAGCUGGAUGGUGACAAGGCAGCAGAGAAGAAAUGUGCCUGCUAGACUUUACCCUAGGACCUGAUCAUCCAGAACCCCACGCAAACAUCACUUUCAAAAAGAGCGACAAACCAUACAAUUGCUGAUGAGUAGACCAUGCAUAAUGGCA